AUGGAGGAGGCGUACGAGGCGGCUCUGGAGCAAUUGGGAGGCCUGGAAGUGGCCAAGCCCAAGACUAUGCUGGAUGUCCUACAACCCGAGUUCCCCGAGCUCACGCUGCAGCACGUGAAGUGGCACUUGCAGUCCUCGCGGCGGCGGGAGAGCCGGGAGAGGGAGCAGGGCCCCAGCGAUGCCAUCCGCUGGACGGGCAGGCUGGAGGCGGCGUACGAGGGGGCGGUGGCUCAGCUGGGCGGUAUCUACCAGGCCCGGCCGCGGGACAUCCAGGAGAAGAUGCAGGGCAAGUUCCCAGACAUCACUGCCAUGUCCAUCAAGUAUCACCUCUUUGCCCAGCGGCGGCGCGAGCAGCGGCUGCAGCAGCGCGGCGCAGGGAACGCGGGAGGGGCGGCCGCAGAUAGUUCACAGGCGGCCGCCCCAUCAGCGGCAGACGCACCACCGCCAGCAGCCGCAGCAUCCGCAGCAGCAACAGCAGCCGCCGCUGCAGCACCAGCACAAAGACAGCCCACCAGCAGCGGCGGAUUUGCUGCCCAUCCUAUGGAUUGUGGGCAGGGGCAGCAGCAGCGGCAGCGGUAUUGUUUCUUUGCGCACCCGGAGCAUGUGCCGUGGAUCCCUUUCACCGUGCCAUCAGCAGACGAAGCGCUGGCCGUGCUUCGCAAGAACACGCAGCAUUGCCGCCAGGUGAUUCAAGAGCUGGAGCAGCAGGCGGACCAGCUGGCGGAGAUAGUUGUGGCGCUGGAGGCAAGCAGCAUCACCGCAGAAGCUGUCUUGGGCAGCCCUGGCGAGGACGACAUGGCAAGCAGCAGAGCAGGCGCAACGCUAGGUGUGGCGCCUGGCGGCGGCACCUUGACGGCAGCAGAGCUUGGGAGCGGCCUGGCGGCCGCGCAGCGGCUGCUGGAUACGCCAGCACAGAUGGCGCAGCAGCUGCUGCAGCUCCUGCCAGACCUGUACCCCCUGGGGCCCGGUGGCAGUGCUACCAUCAGCGAGGCAGCCGCGGUGCAGGCAGUUGGGCAGCGCAGCGACCGUGCCGUGGCUGCCCUGUGCGCCCUGCUUCUGCAGCAGGAUGCGGCUGCAGGCCUCCCGGGAGGCCCAGCCUCUGGCGCAGCAGCGGCGGGGCCGUCAGGCGGGGACAGCGGCAGCCACGAUGCCGCCGCCUGCACUCAGCCGCAGCAGCUGGGCCGUGGCGCACCGGGGCUGCUACAGACUGAGGUGCAGCUGACCCAGGAGCAGCUGGACUUGCUGGCUAGCCUGCUAUGCCAAUGA